AGGCGGGCGGGCGGCGGCAAGAUGGCGGUGCAGGCGGUGCACCUGGAGGCUGAUGCUUUUCUCGUGUGCCUCAACCACGCGCUGAGUACCGAAAAGGAGGAAGUGAUGGGGCUCUGCAUCGGCGAGGUUGACACCAGCCGAAUUGUUCAUAUCCAUUCUGUGAUCAUCCUGCGCCGCUCUGAUAAGAGAAAAGAUCGUGUGGAAAUUUCACCAGAGCAGCUUUCAGCUGCUUCUACUGAGGCAGAGAGGUUGGCUGAAAUGACGGGACGUCCCAUGAGAGUUGUGGGCUGGUAUCACUCUCAUCCUCAUAUCACUGUCUGGCCAUCACAUGUCGAUGUCCGCACACAAGCUAUGUAUCAGAUGAUGGACCAAGGUUUUGUGGGGCUUAUCUUUUCCUGCUUCAUUGAAGACAAAAACACAAAGACAGGCAGGAUUCUCUACACCUGUUUCCAGUCCAUUCAGGCCCAGAAGAGCUCAGAAUAUGAAAGGAUUGAAAUUCCUAUUCAUGUCGUCCCCCAUGAAACCAUUGGGAAAGUGUGUCUGGAAUCAGCUGUAGAGCUGCCCAAGAUCCUUUGCCAAGAAGAGCAAGAUGCCUACAGGAGAAUUCACAGCCUCACCCAUCUAGACUCCGUAACCAAGAUUCAUAAUGGCUCAGUGUUCACAAAGAACCUCUGCAGCCAGAUGUCUGCCAUCAGUGGGCCACUCCUUCAGUGGCUGGAGGACAGACUAGAGCAGAAUAAACAGCGGGUGCAGGAGCUGCAGCACGAGAAAGAGCAGCUCCUGGAGGAACUAGCUGCUUUAGAGUGAAGGAGGAUAUGCAGACCCUUCAGAAAAGAGACAAAAAAAACUCUACAAGACCUACUCCUGGCUGAAGAGGGGCCCUACAUUGCCUUACAGUGAAGAUACUAGCUGUGCCUCUUCUCUUGCCCCAUGCAGCAAAGAGCAUUUCAACAGGAUAAGGGCUUCAUCUGCCCCAGCUUCAUGGAAAGCAGUGGUAUCUCUCCAGGUGCUGCAUGAUGCACUAGAAUUGUAGCUCAGUGGUGGGAUUAAGGAGCAUCCGAAGAGACUUCAGUUCUGGAGGGCACACACCUAGGGAACAUGUUGUUUCUCCCUCCCCUAUAUUUUGAUGGAAGUCUUACUGCUUUACAUGUAUUCCAGGAGCCUAGAACAGGAGAUUUGGAGGGGAAAAGUGAAACCCUGCAGUAAUAUCCGAUGCUGCCAACUUCUGUCCUCUUUUAGUAGCUUCAGUUACUGUGAUCUUGUAUCUAGUAAUGUUCUGGAUUACUGGUUAUGCACCCAGGCAGGUAAGAGGUGGGAGGGAAGCUUGGGAAGAGACCUGGAAGAUCUCGUGACAUAGCAUCUGUGUUCAGCAUACUUCAAACCAAAUAAAUAAUCCCAAAGUCA